CCCGCGGAAGCAGGCUCUUGGCGGGGCGAAGGAGCAGGAGGGGGCGGGUCUGCCCCCAUCACGCCUUCCAAUUGGCUGCGUUGAGACCUUCCAACAUGGCAGCGCCCGGCUCCGGUCUAAAUUGCGAGGACUUCGCUGAGUUUCAGGAAUUGCUCAGGGUAACAAGACAAAUUGAUGACAGAAUAGUCCAUGAAUUAAAUACUACAGUUCCAACAGCUUCUUUCGCAGGAAAAGUUGAUGCUAGGCAAACUUGUGAAGAACUUCAUCAUUCGUUGAAAGAAGCCCAUGAAAGUAGGGAGAGAAUAAUCAAAAGCUGUAUUGCCCAAACUUCUAAUGUAGUAAAACUUCUUCAAGAAGAGAGGAAGAAAUCUCCAGAUGACAUAACAUUACUAAAGCAACUCAGGAAAGAGCAGACAAAAUUGAAAUUAAUGCAGUCAGAGUUAAAUGUUGAAGAAGUGGUAAAUGACAGAAGCUGGAAGAGUCUUUCCAGAUAUUAAUGUCAGGCUGAUUGAUCUGUAGUUUCCUGGAUCCACUUUUCCCCCUUUUUUGAAGAUGGGAACCACAUCAGCUCUUUUCGAGUCUUCUGGUAUUUCCUCAAUGCUCCAGAGUUUUUGAAAGAUAUAUUUGGGUUUCUGAGAUCACAUCGGCCAAUUCCUUCAGGAAUCUAGGAUUAUGCUAUUAGUACAUUGCACUAUUAGUAUUACACCAUUAGUACUCUAAAGCAAGAUUAUAAGUAUUUUAGUAUUUUACGGGGAAUUGAUUGUAUAAAGAGAAUCAAUUGUAAAACAAAUUAUGAAGGAAGAUUAUAGGGGUCAAGAGGAAGACUGAAAAAAAUUACAACUGAAAGAGUUGAUGAAUUGCAAAAACAAAAGUAUCAAAUGAUAAAUUAAUACGGUGGGAGCUAGGAUGAUUUACAAAGAUCAAAAAGUAUGGAGAAAUAGUGCAUAGUGUUGGUAUAUGUUCGUUUCAGUUAAAUUUCCUUCUCUUUUUCCCAUAUCAUGUAUUUAGUUUUUUAUACCUUUUUUCUGAGCUCUACAUAACAUUUAUCCUGAAAGUAAAUAGCCAGAGGAAUAUGUAUGACUUGAGAAACGUUGAAGAUUUUACAUAAAAGUGAAAAUUACUUCUAGUGUUUUUGCACGGAAACACUAUUUUGAUAGGCAUAUUUGGAGUUUCAACAUUGACCAAACUUUAAUAACAUAGAUGUCUUGAUGGAGCUCUUCUACAUUAUUAAGUUUCAAAACAUUUGUACAGUAUUUAGUGUCCCUCAGCUGGUGAUAGAAUUUGCUGCCCUUAAGCAGGGUUAGUGGGGCCUCAUUAGUAUGUUGAUGGAGACUACUGGGGCUUUGGGCCAAACUGGGAAACUGAAAAACCUCCUGAGCAAAGACUGGCAAACAAUCUCCAUGCUGUUAUCUAUAAAAUCACAUGGUUGUGUCAAUAAUGUCAAUGCGAAUUUUGCUCAGCAAUAAAGAGAUUUUAAUUUUUUAUUAGAAUGGUGCAAUAUAUGAAUAUCCAAAGAUCACAAGAUAUGAAUGAAGAAAAUUAUUUCAGUAUUAAAGGAAGCUCAGGCUACCAAGUUUGGAGACGUUUCAAACAAAGCCACUGAUAAGAGGUGAAAGGAAUUAUCGGGACUGAAUGCCUCCAUGGAUAAUUAAAUAAAGGUUGGCUACAUACUUCUGUUGAUUACAUUUGUAGGAAAUUCCUCAGAUCCUGAGUUAGGUUUAUCUGAUUUAACAAAGUUGUGUAUUCUGCUAGCAACUUGCUAGUAGGAAGUUUCUUGCAGCAUUUACUCAAAAAUACCAUAUCUCUCAUAACAUUUGUUGCCCUGUUACAUUUUGUAUCUUUCAGACAUAAAUUCUUCUCUAAAACAAGCAUAUUAAUCUGUCUCUUUCAAUGUUUCCUUAAAGAAUGUAGGAUUUUGCUCUUCUGGUCAUUCUACGGCAUGUUUCCUUAUCCUUUAAUGAGUUGGCCUACUUGCUGAUUAUUGGUGAUUUCUUUUUUCUUCUUAUCUGAGGG